AUGAUCACUUUCACUAUCCGUGGCCGGGGUUUGGAUCGUGACCUGCCACGACCCUUGCUGCCGACUGCAAAUGGCACACUGCCUGAACUGAGCUGGCAGGUGUCUCGCCCGGCCUCAUGCCGAAAUGUAGUCCAGGACCUGCUGAGUGCCGCACCUCAGGACACCUCCUACAGGAGACCCAGGGUGCCUUUCCACACAGUGGUGUUCACUGAGAGGAAGCCUUCUACGGGAGACGCUCUGGUGCUUAGCCUUGGUCUCUCUGCCGACGGAGCCAACACCAUACAAGACAUUGCCUCCAAAAACCAAGGAGCAGCCAGGGAGCGCAUGCAGCAGGGAGAAAUGUUGCCCUCGGAAACUAAGCUAAUGAGGCAGUGUGAGUCCUGCGGGGUCUCCCCUGAAGACUGUCUCAAGAAACUGGGUCUUCACUCAGACCACGUCGGUUCGCUGAGUCCCUCGCCGAAGAGUGAACGCCUGGUGCAGUUUUUCAGGAACCUCCACCCGGUGGCUCCACGACCGCAACACUCCCACACGCCCUCCGGCUCCGACCCACAACUUGAUCAGCUCCAGCAGGCAUCUUCACGAUGCCAGAGCCGGAGCCUCAACACUUCUCCCACUCACUCCCAGCCAGAUGCCACCAAACCAAGACUCAACACCUUCUGAGAGUAGGCCAAUUGUUAGUAUAGUCACAAAAAGAAGCCGACCCUGGGGAAGAGGAGGUCAUCAGGUUCGGUCUAAGACCAUAGUUCCAAUUUCUGGGAUAAAGAGCUCUUUACAAACAUUAGAACGCCACUAUCCAACAUCCCCUGAAUAGAGAUUAGGACAAAUCCUCUCAAAAUUUUCUAAUAGUCCAUCAGAACUCAAGCAGGUCUCCCUCAUCCUCAUUUUGUACUACAGCCUCGCCGUUUUGUAUAUGAAUUACACUACCUCGAUACUGCACGGGCGCAGUCUCUGCAAAUCUCUGACGUGGCCCUCCUGACCAGUCACGAGGAUGGUUCUAAUUUACUUAGGAACUUUAGUCACCUGUGGUUAUCAGCAGAGCUGUCACAGCCUCACACAACGAGUGCUCUGAGUGCAGUAUGACAAAAUCUCGAGGAAAAAAACUUUGAAGUCAAAAGAAACUCGUGAACAUGUACACGAAAACUCAUACUACUAAAAAACAAAGUUUCCUGACGGAUGAACAUUAUGAAACAUUAGGAGAGUCGAGAGCCCUGAAACAGGAAGUUAUUGUAAUACCUAAGGUCUGGCCCUCCCUCCCUGAUAGAAAAACACGUAACUAAAAUUAUCCAGUGUUAGCUUCAUUAUGUAGGUAAGGCUGUUUUAUAUUGCUUCAAUUAUACCAAAGUAGGUGGCUAGAUUGGUUAUAGUGCAGAAAAAAGCAUUGGAUAUAUAUAUAAAUAUUAUUUUAGAGGAGGGGGGUGAAUCUUGAAAUGGGAAACAAAUUAACUAUAAACCAGCGAUGUUAGCAGCAUGAAAAUAACUCCCAGUGUAUACGUGUUCCGUGACGGGACGAUGAAAAGAACACCUAGUGUAUACGUGCUGGGCGAGCCUCGUGGCUCACUCUCCUAUAUUUAAGAGUUGUCGUUACAACGACAAAGACGCAACUUGCUUUGUAGUGUGGUACGUUUGAAAGCGUUUGUGAGAUUUUUUCUCACCCCUGUGAGAGUCUGUAAAAACAAAGAAUUUAUCAAAGUAUUUUGAUAUACUACUAGCAUUUGCAAAAUUUUGGUGUUCUGUGUAUACAAAUACCUAUUCUGUAAGCUACAU